CUCUUUCUCUCUCUCACUUCCCUCACACUUUUCACUCAGAUACCCAAGAUGGCGGCAGCCUCAUCCAUCCAGCCGCCGAGCGUUCACUCUUCUCUAGCCGGGGAGAGCGCACUUUCCCCGGAGAUGGACAGCCCCGAGAGCCGGCAGCCAGAGGAUGAAGAGGCGGCGGCGGCAGCGCAGCCCUCCGACUCGGGGAUUAGCCUCCGCGACCUGCCGGACCUGGAGCCGGAGGAGAUCGAGAGGAGGCUGGCCAAAACUCGCCAGGAGCUGAGCAACAGGAGGAAAAUCCUCAUUAAGAACCUGCCGCCUGACACCACCAACCAGGAAGUCCAUGAAAUUCUGAAAGAAUAUGAACUGAAGUACUGCUUCGUGGACCGCAACAAAGGCACAGCCUUUGUGACUUUGCUGAACGGGGACCAGGCUCAGGAUGCCAUCCGCUCCCUCCAUCACAGCACUGUCCGGGGACGCUUGAUCAACGUCACCCUGCAGCCCACCGACUCCCUGCUCUGCCUCACCAACCUGCCCCACACCUUCACCGCCCAGCAGUUUGAGGAGCUGGUACGCGCCUAUGGAAAUAUCGAGCGCUCCUUCCUGGUGUAUAGUGAGCUGACCGGUCACUCCAAAGGAUAUGGGUUUGUUGAAUACAUGAAGAAGGACUCUGCUUCACGGGCCCGUUCUGAGCUGCUGGGCCGACCGCUGGGUGAUCGCUCAUUGAUGGUGCAGUGGAUGGACGUCAACCAGCUGAGCCAAGAGGAGAACCUGCACUCCAAGUGUCUGUGUGUGAACCGGCUGCCGCUGGACCUCUGUGACUCUGAAGAACUGACCCAGCUCUUCUCUGAAACCUACAAACCUGUCUUCUGCCAGCUUGCUCAGGAUGAGGGCAGCCCAGUCCGAGGCUUCGGUGUGGUGGAGUACGAGAGUGCAGAGCAGGCGGAGGCUGUACUGAUAGAGAUGGACCGAACACUGGUGGGAGGACAGGAGGUCCGUCUGUCACCCUGUACCCCCGGCACCUCAGGAAGAAGCACCCUGGCUGCACUCAUCGCCGCCCAGGGUAUGAUUCUGAGUAAUAGGAAAGGUUUGCUACCAGAACCAAACCUUGCCCAGCUGUUGACCAGUAUGACCAACCCUGCUGCCCUGCAGAUCCUCAUGAGACCGUACCACACUGGGAAAAGAGGAGGGAAGUACGGGCGUCACACCAGCCUGCCGUUCCUCAGACCUCCUCUCACCACAGCUCUGCUCACACUGGGAAAAGCACACCAGAAUGCUAUGCUCGGUAAUGGACUAGUCCUCCAGAACCUCUUGCAUAUGCAGCUGGCACAACAACAGCUUCUACACAUUAAAGACAAACGCAUCAGCAGCGUCUCCAGUCUGCUCGGAGACCCGUCCAGGCUGCUGAUGCAGAAAGCUUUGUCUCUGCGUCCUCAAGGCCUCAUGCCACUGGGGAAAGGCCUGCUGGGAGACUCCCCUACUGAGUUGGGCCAGGAGUCUGUGCCAUCAUCUACCCACAAUGCCACAGUAGUGGUAUCAGCUGCGGGUGUGAUGCCAUACCUCCAGGGUCGAGCUGGAGGGGGAGAACAAAACACCCAUUCUGUCUCCUCAACUCCUUCUGCUUCCUCUUCCUCCUCCUCUUCCUCCUCCACCUCCUGCGACAGGCAGCCAGCUCCUCCUGGGACCAUGGUGAGCUCCCAUCCGCAGGGACAGAGCUACUCUUUGGGUAUAAGUAACUCAGGCCUCGGUCCGCAUCCACCCAACCCUCCUGGAGGAGUUUAUACAUCAACAGGCCAGCACAACAGCUCGGACGGGUGCUCCCUGGCUAGCAUGGUAAGCAGUGGUCAGAGCUCUCUGUUGGGCGAUCCUCCUAAAGAAGUCAGACUGCCCUCCAAUCCAUACCUGAACCUGGCCAGUGUAAUGCCAGGGGUGGUUCUGCAAGGGUCAGUGGGGAGUAAAGCCCAGGGGGGACAGCCUGGCCCCGGGGUGUAUGGCACCUCGGUUGCUCCCGUCGUCUCCCAGGGCGCCGGCUCCUUUUCCCACAGCGCGGCAGCUACAACCACAGCUCCAUACAGCACUGAUACCUCCACUGACUACAGCCAAUACAACCAGGCCUACACACAGGAGGCCAUGCAGCAGUGGUACCAGCACUACCAAGCAGCACAAGCUCACACAUACAGCACCGCUGCCCCACAGGACAGCACGGCCACGGACUACAGCAAGGAGCACACACAGGCUCCACCUGUGUCAACCUACGGGGAUUACAGUUCCUACAUGCAGGCGGUCACUCAGUACUACUCUCAGCCUGCAACAGCCAACCAGGCCUACGCUAGCAAGGAGGUAGAUGUGUGUAAGCCUCUAGGAGUCUCCCUGCACGCAGUCAGUAACGGCGCGGCCCCUCCACCGGCCGUCCUACCAGCUGCUGCCGUGCUCCCAGCCUACAGCACCCUGCCUUUAAUGCCCGGCUUCCUCGGGGCGCCACACCCGGCGGCAGCCGCGCCAAGCCCUGUCACGCACGCACACACUGCCGCCACUGACUGGAACACCUACUACUAUAACCAGACAAGGGGUCAUAAGAGGGAGUACCCUCAGUUAGCGGUGCAGGAAGUGACAUCAUCAGAUGGUGCCUACAUCGGGCAGCACUCCCAAGGCUUGGGGGGGCAGUACGCUGACUACUUUAAGAGGAAGAGGCUCUAGUAUGAACCAAACCACCUUAAAGCCUAAAGCUCAUGGAGGGAGGCACACACAGCGUCUGCUGGAUGUCACAGCUCCCUCUAGUGGCCUUUCUGUGGCGGCCAUUUUGCAUCCCUACAGUAGGUAUUGAGUUUAAUAGUAUUUGGGAUUGCAAAUGGCUCAAGUGAAAGUAAGCCAUAGUGCUCUUUGAUCCUGGCACUUAUGUAUACACACACACACACACACACACACACACACACACACACACA